AUAUAUAUAUAUAUAUAUCUUGUCUGUACCUGAGCAAGUGUAAUAUGGGAAAUAGCUAUAGUACGCAAGAAAUCAAACAGAAAAUAUACCAAGAUCUCAAGAUAGAUGUCGCGUUCCCCUUCUUCCCCUUGGACCGAAAGACAGGCUUCAGUGCAUGCUGUGUCGUAGACACAGAAUGGGUUGAAAAACUAAGUCAGGCCUCCAUAGCACUCGAGAAUAUCAUGCUUAAGAAUCCAAGUUCGUCUCGUAUUGCGACUGAGGGCUCCUUACAGAAACAAUUGCCUACGAUCAAUGUCUAUGUUUCUGUUUUAUCAAAACCCAUGGCAUCAAGUUUGCCACUUUAUGAGUCAGUAUCAACAUCGAAAAACCAAACGCAGCAGACAGAAGAAGAUAGAUGGCCAUUGAUCAAUUACAUUCAGUCUUUACUCGAAGGCAAAGGCGCCGAUCAAAAGAUUGAAUCUUUGCGAGAUCAGUUUGGCGACUAUUGUCUUGCUGUACAAGAUCGGGACCCUUUAGCCAAAGUCAAAAAGAUCCAGUCUAUGCUUUGGCCCAAUUGCAAAUGGUUCAAAAAGACAGAAAGCAGCCAGGAUGAACACAUUGUUGUACAACUUCAGGAAACAGACACACAAGAAAGCAAAGAGGAUGUUAUAGACCUGGCAAACUCAAAUUUGCCUGAUGUGUUUGCCAUUAUUGAGUCAGACGAUGCAUUUUAUUUCCUAACUUCUUAUCGAGGCACUACAUUGCAAGACUUGCUUACUUACAAUCCAGGUGUAUUGAGUUCAAAUCUCAAGAAAUACUUUGUGGUCUACCAACUGCUGAGAAUAACUGCUAGUUUACAUGAUCGUGGCAUUUUGCAUGGUAGUCUAAAGGCAUCCAGUGUUUUAGUGGAUGAGAAUUUAUGGAUUCAGUUGGCUGGUAUUGAGUUUGAGCCUCAUUCUCCUGACUUUAACUUGAAGAAGUGGCUUCAUGAUAAGGAGGUAUCCAGAAUGACAAAGGAAAUACCUCAAGAGCCUUUAGUGGUUAGUUGGGUCAGGGGUAACAUUUCCAACUUUACUUAUUUGAUGGCACUUAACCAUCUAGCUGGCAGAAGAGAAGGUGACCCUAACUUUUACCCUAUUUUGCCUUGGAUCACUGAUUUCUCGGGUGAUGCUGUGGAAGAUGGUUGGCGUAACUUUACGCAAACAAAGUUCCGUAUCAACAAGGGCGAUGAGCAACUUGACUUUACGUUUGAUGGACCUGUUCCUCAUCAUAUCACAGAUAUCCUAUCCGACAUCACCUAUUAUGUCUAUCAAGCCAGAAAGACGCCUAUCCCUGUCUUGUGUCAAUUCGUCAGAUCCAAAUAUGAGCCCAACGAAUACCCUUCGUCGAUGCAACGUCUAUAUCAAUGGACACCGGAUGAAUGUAUACCUGAAUUCUAUACGGACCCAACUAUCUUUAAGUCCAUUCAUCCGGAUAUGCCCGAUAUCCAAAUCCCUUCAUGGGCUUCUUCGCCUGAAGACUUUAUUCGAAAACACUCGGAGGCUCUGGAAAGCGACUAUGUAUCGGCCAAUCUUCAUCACUGGAUUGAUUUGACAUUUGGUAAAGAUUUGACAGGCAAAGGUGCUGUAGAAGCCAAAAAUGUAGCAUUGCCUUUGUUGGCUGGUCAAAAUAGUUUCAUGAAACAUGGUAUCAUCCAACUCUUUAAAGAAAAGCAUCCUCAACGAGGCUGCAACUGGGGUAAAACAAGAAAAGAAGCUGAUCUAGCCAAUUUCAAAGCCACGGAAGCAAUUGAAAACGAUCAAAAUCAUGAAGAAGAGAAUGAAGAACACACCAAACUAUCUCUAUCUAAAAAGACAGAAGAUACCGCCUCUUUUUUGCCGACCAUCACUAACAGAACGCAUCGAAGCAGCAGUGUAAGAACUCGCCAAACCGUUUUGUCAAAGAAUGCUAGUCUUGAUAGUGCAACCACAGGGCUUUUGUCUCAUGUAGCAUCGCCUACCACCACCACUACGACCACAGGUACUGCAGCCACUCCAUCCAUUGCCAUCAGCACGAAUAGAGAUCGCACGCCUUCUAUUCAUUCUACAGCAUCUUCCAUCGACACAAGUCGCAGUUUGCCAGCUUCUUUGUUGGCAGCAGAGCCCUUGAUAUCUGCCUUGCGCUCUGAACCCAUUCGCUUACCAUCUAUGUUUAAUGAUAAUUAUUUUAUUGAUGAUUUAGAUCAUUAUGAAGACAUGGUAAAUUUCGCAGCUAAAUACAAGUCCAUUAUGUGUUACGCUGAACGUGUUGAAAAUCCUGUGUAUCCUAAUCCGUCUCGCCGGUUCAUGAUCGAUCCCACUCAUCCUACUGAACCUGUAGCCAAUGCGUUCUCUGUGGGUACUGCUUAUGAUAUGCUAUGUCUAAGUCAGAUCAUUCAAGCCAUUUAUACUGCAAGAAACGCUCGGUCCAUGGACACAGAUGAAACCCUGCAAGCAAAUGCCAAUGGGUAUCUUGAACCCAACCAGAACGAAUUGGGCUGCGACGUAGAGUCCACAGGCACAUCCGAUUUACCACCCUCUAUCGUGGGUGUACUUGCUGCUCUUCAGGCUGAGAACUGGUACGAGAGGCCGAGUGCAAAGUCAAUUUUGUGCGCUUCGUUUCCUGUGAUGACAGUAUGUGAUGCUCGUUAUUCUAUCCCAUUUCCAAGUAUGAUUCCUGAAAUGUAUGAGUAUUUGGCCAGUUUUCACCAAGCGGAAUGGUCGAGAAGACUUUAUCUUGCAGACAAAUGGAUUGACCGUAUUUGUGAUAUAGAAGAUGAGGCUUUUUUACUGCUAUUGCCUAGUUUCUCUCAAUUAUUUACGCAUAUAGAAACCCGUAUUGGAUCUGUCAGUCUGUUCCCUAAAUUAGCUCAACGAUUAGGUCCUGAAAGAGCACGUCAACAUCUUUUAAAACGAAUUAUUUCCAUGUUUGAAGCACUACGUCCCAACAUUCCCAAAGUCCUUUUUGAAGAAAAGACCAUUUAUGAAUUUGUCAAAAGACUUGGUAUUUCCAUCUUUUUACAACAAAUGCUCCCUUGUUAUCUUGAAGCAUUAGCUAUUCAAGAAAGCGAUACAAAGUCUCUUGCAGGCGAUUCACUUGAAUAUAUCUGUACCUUGUUAGGCCCUGUCUUAACAUCCAAACACAUUGUUCGCCAACUCGUCAAGAUUAUUUUUCGCGAUAACUUGGUACGUCCUGGUCUGAUCCAUACGACAGUUCGAAUCAUUGGAGGAUUUGGCUCAACAUUCACAGCUGUUCAGUAUGCUUAUUUGAUUAGUUUGAUCGAUACAUACCAUAAGCCAUCUGCUGCUUCAAUCACACUAAAGAACGCAAAGACAGUUUGCUCCAUCUUGACUUUGUUGCAAGACUUGGUGCCUUAUAUGACAAACGAUACGCUUGUUACUGAACUCAAAUCUGGUUUUAUUUCGACUUUAUAUCGACUGUUAGAACCUGUGCCGCAAGCAGCUACGGAAGAAGAAAAUCAAUCCAUGUCUCAAGAACAACUUCGAUUGCGCCUUACUAUUAGCAUGAAAACAAUGGAUUAUUUGUUAGUGGCAAGUCAAAAACUAACAACACAAGAAUGGGAAUCAACCAUUGUAUCCACGCUUCAAAAAUACUUUUCUGGCUUCUCAGUUACUGUAGCAGGUGAUGAAGAACUUGCAAACCAACUUGGUCAUUCGUUGACUUCUCUCAAGAGCUAUCAGAUGAUGUAUUCGUAUUAUCGAUUUUGCCUGAUUUUGACGAUUGAAAAGAUGCGACGUGUUAUACCUACCAGUGAAGCUAUUGAAACCAUGAUGUUUCAUCACUUUGCUUCUACUAAUCUACAGAUACCUACAGCCUCUGUCUCUUCUCGUGUCAGUCACAUAGGAUCUAAAAAACCACCUGUCAUGAUUUUACCUACUAAAUCAGAAACCACAUCAACUUUACAGUCCAAUUCAGCCAGUAGCAAAUUUAUGUCAUGGAUGAUACCCAACAAGCGUAUGUCAGUGACUGAAGCAGAAGCCAGAUCUUCUCAAACGUCUAUCAAUUCAUCAUCAUCAUCAUCUUCUACCUCUUCGUCUUCACUAUCGACGAAACAAACCAUGGAAGACAUGUCCACUAAACACAGUAUUCAGUCGAUUGAUGGAGACAAACUUUACGAGUAUGCGACCAAGGAUUUAUACAUGUUUAGUUCUACUUUUGCAAUGACCAUGUCUUCUUCAUUACCGAGUGAUGAAAAGAGUUCUAUAAAUGCAAAUGAUACAAGUCAGCAGAAAGACACCAGCAAGACAACAAAACCUGUAGACAAAGAAAUUAAAACCAAAGUGCCUACAAGUGUCUUACCAUGGAAGACGAAAUGGAAGCCUUCUCCAGAAGAUAAAAAAAACUGGAAUCGAUUUUUAUCCACCAAUUCUGAAGAAAUGUCAAAUUCAAUGCAGUUUUCAUUCAAUGAUCUUAAACUUCGAGGAUUUGCAGGACACAAUGGUUCUGUCAAGACAUUUUCAGUCAAUGAACCAGCCAAGUUGUUUGCUUCAGGCUCUCGAGAUAAGACAGUCAAAAUUUGGUCUUUGAAUGUACAUCAUGGGAUUGAGAAUUGGGAGACAAACCCCUUUUCUGAGAGUUUAAUGACCUAUACAGGACACCGUCGUGGGGUCAUUAGUGAUGUUCAUUUCUUAUCAACCGGUGGACUCAAUGAUAUCAUUGCUAGCUGUGAUGGACAUGUUCAUUUAUGGGAUCCUGAAACAAGUAGUUCUCUUCAUCAAUUUACCAGUAAUCGAUCUUCUGUUGUGUCUCUUAAGCCUAUUUUUCAAUCAAGACAUUUGGUUGGAGGUACGAUGGAUGGCAGCUUAUCCUUUUUGGAUGCUCAUAACUAUAAGCCUUUGUAUACAUGGAAAUCAAGUUCCAUGUUGAAUGGCAUGAUUCGGAUCAUUGCUGUCAACUUGUCAGAGACAUUGGUUGCCAUUGGGUUCUCCACAGGAGCUAUUUCAUUAAUAGAAACGAGAACUGGUACUUUAGUAGCCAGUUGGAAAGGUGGUGACACUGAGAUUGUUUCUAUGAGAUUCUAUACAGACGAAUUGCUCUUGUCUUGUGCUACAGCUGACCACUUGAUCUGUUGUUGGAAUGUCAAUCGCUUAGCUCUUGUCAAGACGAUAUCUGUACCUCAAGAUGUUAUUUCUCUUGAUAUUUACAAGGAUGAAAUCUUGACCAUCAAUGCGAAUAAUUCAGUAUCGUUUAUACCAAUCAACGAAGACUUUCAAGCAUAUUCUUCUAAAUUCAAGACUUCGAUAAUCAAAUCUCAAGUGAGUUCAUUCAGUAUUGUGCCUACAGAUCAAUUGCUUUUGUUUGGCUGUACAGAAGGAGAAAUAUUUUUAUAUGCGUAACAGUUUGACAUGUCUCCUUCAUUUGCAAUAGGGAUAAUUUUGUUUGUCAGAUAAACACAAAUGCAGUCUUCAUAAAGAAACAAUUUAUCCACAUUUAACAACAUCAC